AAUUGCAACAGUAGAAAUUUGUGUGGUUAAAUUGUCAAAUAAAGACAAGUAAAUAAGUAGAAAAGCAGACAUGAGCGAAGGUGCUGGCAACUGGUGUCUCAUUGAGAGCGAUCCGGGCGUGUUCACGGAGCUGAUUCGCGAAUUUGGUUGCGAUGGCGCUCAAGUGGAGGAAAUAUGGAGCCUGGACAGUGAAUCGUUCAAGAACCUGGAGCCUAUACACGGAUUGAUAUUUCUCUUCAAAUGGGUGCAGGAGGACGAACCCGCUGGCAAGGUGGUGCUGGACAAGGAAGAUAUAUUCUUUGCCAAGCAAGUGAUCAACAAUGCAUGCGCCACGCAGGCCAUUCUCAGUUUGCUGAUGAACCUGGAACACGAGGACAUCAAACUGGGCGAGACGCUGGCCAACUUCAAGGAAUUUUGCCAGUGCUUCGAUCCCUACAACAAGGGCCUGACGUUGAGCAAUGCCUCCCAGAUACGCACAGUGCACAACUCCUUCGCCCGGCAGACUCUCUUCGAGCUGGACAUGAAGAACCAGAGCAAGGACGAGGAUCUCUACCACUUUGUGGGAUAUAUCCCUAUUAAAGGACGUUUGUAUGAGCUUGAUGGCCUCCGCGAGGGACCCAUCGAUCUUGGUGAGAUCAAGCCGGAUCAAAACUGGAUUGAUGUGGUGCGACCAAUCAUUGAGAAGCGCAUGCAACGCUACAGCGACGGUGAGAUCCACUUUAACCUGAUGGCCCUGAUCUCGGACCGUCAGCGCAUCUACGAGAAGCAGAUAGACAAGCUGCUCAAUCCGGCUCCCGAUGCCAUGGAUACAGAGGAAGAUCGUCAGACUGAAAUUAGCAGCUUGCGCUCCUACAUCCAGUACGAGGUCCAGAAGAAAAAGCGCUACAAGGUGGAGAACGUGCGUCGCAAACAUAACUACUUGCCCUUCAUCGUGGAGCUGCUGAAAAUGCUGGGCGAGACCGGCCAGCUGAUGCCCAUCUACGAGAAGGCCAAGCAGCGCGCGCUGGAACGCGAACAGGCGCAACGCAAAAAGGAGUCCAACUAAAAGCAUUUAACAAAAAUACUAUAACUUAUCUCUCUGGAUAGGACAUUAGACAGAACCGAAAAGAACAGCCAGUUAACUGCAAUUCAAAAUUGCUGCGAUUUCAAUAAAACACAAAACACAAACUUAUAAACAAUUAAGAAAGAAUGAAAGCAACAUAGGAGAGCACUUACAUACACUUACAUCUAUUGCUGGUUAGUAGUUAGGGUCUUGAACUGCUUUGGACUGUACUUUAAUUUUCAUAAACGCCCCAUGCUCCUGUGCACCCUGUGCUCUCUCUCUAUCUGCUAGUAAUCGUACAAUACAGUACAGUACAUACUACAGCCCGUUCCAGGGUUAAGCUAAAUAUAUAGUGAAAAAUUUAAAUAAAUCGCAUAAAUAAACACAA